AAAAAUGAAAAAAAAAAAAAAAAAAAAAAAAGCGAGAGAGAGAGAGAAAGAAAGAAUGGUGUUAAAUACAUCCAAAAAUCAUCAUUGACAUCUAUCGAUUGCUCAAUUUGUUUGUCUCUCUUCUUCUUUCCUUUUCUCCAAAAACUAAAGCAUCGAGAAACAACAAAUCUCAAAAUCUUUUCAUAUUCUUUUAGUAGAAAGUAAGAGAGGCGAUGAAUAGACGAGUGUUGGAGAGUUCGCCGGUUCAACACCUCACGGCGGCUGGAAACCCUAAUUGGUGGAAUAACGUCAGCGGCGGCUUGAGGCCACCACCACCGUUUAUGAGUCACCAGCCGCCGCCUACAACUCCUUAUCUUCCAAGUCUCUUGCCGACCUCCUUCUCUUCUCCAACUUCCUCUUCAUCUUCUUCUUCACCUUCUUUGCCUCUUCCUAAUAGUAACCCUAACUUCUCUUCUUGGCUUGAAAUGAGUGAUCUGCCUCUUGACCAGCCAUGGAACCUUAGUCAACUCCUCUUGGGUGGAUUGAUGAUGGGAGAGGAAGAGAAAAUGGAGAUGAUGAACCAUCAUCAUCAUCUUCAAAAUCAACACCAUAGUUACCAAGAGAAGAAGAUACAGAAUUGGGAAGAACAAGUUUUGAGGCACCAAGCUUCCAUGAAACAAGAGAGUAACAAUACUAAUGGUUAUAGAAUAAUGGCCUCACCAAACUCACCUCCAAACAAGUCUUGUGAUACAAUUCACAACACCAAUGAAGAAAACAACAAUAACAUUCACAAUGGUCCUAACUUGUCCGAGUGUAAUAGCUCAGAGAUUAUUGGGUCUUCUUUUGCAAAUAAGAAACCAAAACUUCAAGUUCCUUCAUCACAAUCAACUCUCAAGGUGAGAAAGGAGAAACUUGGAGGCAGAAUCGCAUCUCUUCACCAGCUAGUAUCUCCCUUUGGCAAGACUGACACAGCCUCUGUCUUGUCGGAGGCUAUUGGAUACAUUAGAUUCCUCCACAGUCAAAUUGAGGCUUUAAGUCUACCAUACUUUGCUACUCCCUCGAGGAAUAAUAUGAUGCACCACCAACAUGCACAAGGAAAUAUGAAUGGUAUAUUUCCUGAGGACCCUGGUCAGCUUGUGAAUGAGUAUUGCAUGAAAAGAGGAGUUUCAUUGUCAUCGACGGACAAUCAAAAAUCAAAUCCUAACGAAGAACCGAUGAAAGACUUAAGAAGUAGGGGACUUUGUCUUGUUCCAAUCUCAUGCACACUCCAAGUUGGCAGCGACAAUGGCGCCGACUAUUGGGCUCCGGCGUUGGGAUUCACUCUCCAGUGAACUAUUCACUUUCCGUUAUUUUAUUUUGGGUCAGCCAAAAAAAUUAGUAGAUGUUAUAACAUCAUGAGCAACCAAUCUAUUGAGAAAACAACAAAAUGAGUUUCCAAAUUUGAUUGCUCAUGAUGCUGUACCAACACAUAUUGGUUUUGGCGUUUGGCCUUUGAACAUUUUCUGUUGACGAGUAUGAGAUGGUAUGUUGAAUCAUGUUUUCUUGCUUUAAUAGGAAACUUUAUUAAUUCUCUUAAAUGUAUAUGUGAUAUGAUGCUUCUAUUUUAAUUUUAUUAUUGUUUUA